AGACUGGCAAACAUAUCGCAUUUUCGUGCUACUCCCGUGCAACUUUUCUCUAGAAUGUCUAAACAAUUCGUAGGGUUCUCCGACGACGAUAUCUUCAAGAUCUCUCGCCAGACAAAUGGCAAAGAUUCCGCGAAGGAUCCCCCACGGCCCCAUAAACUGCCCAAGGCGCCGCCAGGUGCGGUAAAAUUUGUCCCUCCGCCAGCGACGUUGGACACUGGUGCUGUCAGCUAUGUCGAUUCAAGCAUUUAUCCGAACCACCCGAUACAGCAGGCCGUCGCUUUCAAACCACUGCCCGUAAUGAUGAACGCUCCCGAGGAUGAGUCGAUUCUGGUACUGCCCGGUCAACAGGUGGGCAAUCAGGUCACGGCACCAACUGCUACCAUUGCCACAAGUACACCAGGAGUUGCUGGUUUGAGGCCUAUGUUGGCUGAAGCUGUUACUCCUUUCAAAGGCAUGUCACUUAAGGAUUUUGAGCACCAGCGCAGACUAAUGGAAGAGCAGAACCGCCAGAAACGGGAAAUCCUUCACAAAGCAAUAGAACAGCAUGCCCAGAAAACUGCAGCAGAAGCAAGCAAAAUACAGGAAAUAAAAUCGGAGCUCACCAAGUUGGAUUCAGAGUUGGCCUCGGAUGUGGCGAUUCUACGCAAGCAGAUCGAUGCUGCCAGCUUGCAUUUUUCCAACGUCGAGAAAAACUACCUUAACAUUGAAAACAUGUUUCUCAAGGCGAAAGUGGAGCUCCACCAGGCUCUAGAAAAGAAGGAGUUACUCACCGAACAUUUGUGUGCAAUCAUUUCCCACAACGAGGAACGGAAAGCCCAACGCUUGUCGGAACUGAUGGAAAGGGUAGGCAUCUCUGUUACCGGGGAGUCCGACGAUACACUCAACGGAAACAGCUCAUACGCACCCGACACGUCUUCCAUACCGGUUGAACCUGACACACCGACUAGGAACUAGUGGCAAAUGCAGGCGAUAAAUGAGCAUGUUUUUAUUUAACGUUGUGAUACACCGGACGCAAUAGGUGGCAUUACAGCAAAAAAAAGUAACCAAAUGCAAAAGCAAUCUCUACGGAACAAGGUCCCUUAAUCUUAUGACGGUACUUCCUCUGUUGGCUAAGGUAGGACAAGGCAAUAACUAUGUCGUGGGAAAAAUCUUGCCUUUAUCAUUGAUAUUCUACAUUCAGUGUAUUUUAAUGGUCCCACUUUAAUCACAAUUAAUAUUUAAAUUAAGGAAAAAACAACAUUCUAAAGCAAUCUCAAUGUUACAACUGCCCCAGUACUCACCUGCACACGUAUUAAAAUAUUGUAGAGUAGCAUGAUUACGAUUUUGAAACAUUUUUAAGGGUUUGGUUCCAUCGCCGCCCCGA